CGGCUGGUGCGCGCGCUCUGCACGCCCGGCUACAACGCCCGCGCGCCCCUGCACUACCUGGGCCCGACGCUCUCCAACCUCAGCCAGCUGCCCGCGGCUCGCGCCUUCCUGCUGGACCCCGACAGGUGCGUGGUCCCGCGGCUGCUGCCCCUUACACAGUGCUCGGCCUCCUCGGUGCGCCGGGGCGGCGUGGUGGGGACGCUUCGGAACUGCUGCUUCGAACACCGGUAUCACGAGUGGUUGCUUGGGCCAGAAGUGGACAUUCUCCCCUUCCUGCUGCUGCCCUUGGCUGGGCCUGAGGAGUUCUCGGAGGAGGAGAUGGAGCGGCUGCCUGUGGACCUGCAGUACCUUCCUUCAGACAAGCUGCGGGAGCCGGACGCCGACAUCCGGAAGAUGCUCAUCGAGGCCAUCAUGCUGCUGACUGCUACUGCCCCUGGCCGGCGAAAGGUGAGGGACCAGGGCACCUACUUGAUCCUGCGUGAGCUGCACGGCUGGGAACCAGAGCCUGACGUGCGGGUGGCUUGCGAGAAACUCAUCCAGGUGCUCAUCGGGGACGAGCCGCAGCCCGGCAUGGAAAACCUGCUAGAGGUGCGGGUACCUGACGAGGUGGAGCGGCAGCUGCAGCAGCUGGACUGCCAGGAGCAGGAGCAGUGUGAGCAGGAGCGGCGUGAGCAGCCGGCUCCUGGGCCACAGUCAGGGGCCAGUGUGCCCAGCUGAGGCCCUGCAGCCCCCAGCCCACCAGUGCCGGCCUGCCCCGCACUGCUGACCCCGGGCACCCUCCGGGACUCUAAGCAGAGCCCCGCGUAAGCAGCAGGCCGGGGCUGGGGAGAGCUGUCGUUGAGGCCUGCGCUGGGAGGAUGGCCAGGCACACUGGUCAACCAGAGCCCACCAGGCCUGCGUUGGGAUGGCCAGCGCAGCGUGAGCUCCUGCUGGGCGAGGCGAGGGACCUGGCAGGGAAGCAUGGGGAGCCCCGAGAGAGCCCUGCAGCGCCCCAGUGCCACAGGCCUUAGACCGGGCGUAGGUGGGCGUCCAGGUUCAGUGCCCCUGGCUGCCGGUUCCAGCCAGGACCCUGCGCUCGCCCGGCCUGCGACCAGCCGCGGAGGGCCGACCCUGACUGUCCAGCCACCGCCUGUCCUAGGGCCUCCUGGGUCACUGCCCAGCCCAGCCCUGCCACCCUCCCCAGGCUCUCGGGAGCCCCUCGCCCAGCACCCCCUGAGCCUCCCAGAGGAGCCGCCCCCCCACCUGCUGCGCCUGGAGCUGGUCCCCCGGCUUCGGUGUGGCCCCAUCUCCGCAGCGCCGGGUCCUCCACGCCUGCGCUUCUGACUUGGACGCCGGCUGCCGGCCCUGCCAGGGCGCAGGCUGCCCCCCUGUGCCCGCCCUCGUGCUGCGCCUGCCCCCGGGGCCUCCAUUAAAGCUCUGGCUGCA